AAUGACAAGAUGCUCUGUGAUGGAAUGUGGAAUGGAAGGAUCCAUUUUAAAGCUUCACCUUCAAAAACUUAAUUGUUUUACUAAUCGUCUUCUACAAUAUUAUCUCCAUUCUAAACUUAAUAUCAUCUAUUGUCUUUACGCCGAUAUCAUCUUGAUAUGUCAUCUCAAUUCACAGACAUAUAGCGACCGACCACAAUGGCGACUGACUCGCCAGCACCAACUUCGACUUCUACCUCUACCGACUCUCCUACUCCUUCAUCCUCUACGACAACUUCUACAGUCACCUCCUCUUUACCCUCGUCAUCUCCCUACCCAUACGCCUUUGCGCCCGACAUAAUCCGCGCACACCAAAAAGAUGCCUACUUCCAAGGCCUCCUCACGAACCAAAUCACCGACCUACACCGACGACUUCUAGGCGCCCGAUCCGCACACACCUGGGCCACGGAAUCGCGUACCCUCGCCGACCUCCUAUACCUCUGCCUAACAACCCUCCUCGGCAACCGCACCCUCGGCGAAGAAUACUGCGAUCUAGCCCAAGUAGAAUCCGCCACCGGCGCCCUCCCCGCAAUAUCCCGACGCGCAGCCUACAUAGCCGGCAGCAUCCUCGCACCCUACGGCAUCACAAAAGCGCUCCCCAAAAUCCGAGCCCGAAUACGCGCUCGCCUACAACAAAACCUAGGAAUACCCCCUACCGGAGCCGAAGAAGAAGGACAAGACCUCACCCCCGCCAAACUCAAAGCCCGACGAACAUGGUCCUACAAAUUCCAAUCCUACCUCCUAGCCAACCUCACCUCCAUAACCUCCCCCGCCCCAAUCCACGCCGUCGGACUAGCACUCUUCUACUUCAGCGGGUCCUACUACGAGCUCGCGAAGCGAUUAACCGGUCUGCGCUACAUAUUCACGCACAAAGUCGGUGAAUCCACCGACCGGGCCGGCUACGAGCUCCUAGGCGUAUUACUAGUCGUUCAAAUGGCAGUCCAAUCCUACAUCCACGUGCGAAGCACCCUCGCCACUCUAUCACCCACCCCAAUCCACCCCCCGUCACCGUCUCUAACAGGAGACCGCCGAGCCGCAGGACCUGUAACCGUGUCGUUGGAUCAUAUGGCUUAUAGCUCAAACAAUGAGCUCCUACUCGGAGGUACGAACGCGGCAUCUACCGCGAUGACGCCGACGCGCAUUGAUAUCGCGAGCGCGACGCAUACACCCGCUCUCCCGGGCGGUAGCGAGGCGCGGUAUGAUUUAGCGAAUCCGGAUAAGAUGCGUUGGGUCAAAGGUGCACAGCAGCGGAAAUGUACGUUAUGUCUAGAAGAGUUGAAAGAUCCAGCUGCGACGCAAUGCGGACACGUCUUUUGCUGGGCUUGUAUCGGUGAUUGGGUUCGCGAAAAGCCCGAGUGUCCGUUGUGUCGUCGCGAGGCAUUAGUCCAGCAUAUCUUGCCGCUACGUGCUGUUUGAUAUCACGGAUGUAUUAAUAGGUCAUUCCUAAGAAAAAGGGGAAGGUAGAGGGUUUACAGAGUUCAAUCACAUGUACAAAUCAGAGAAACAAGAUACCAUAGUUUAACA